CCGGUGCUGAGGUGAAUCCACUAUACCAAAAAACUAAUAACGUAAGAAAUAACAAUGAUUUUGAGGGCGGCAUUCGGUAUUAUGUGUUUUGUGCUCAGUUCUUGCAGCUUGGGAUAUGGAAAGUUGGCGCCCGACUUCAUCCACCCUUGCAACGCGACAACAAGGGAAUGCCUUGUAAAGGCAACUCAGGACGCCAUCCCGGACUUCGUGAAAGGCAUUCCCAGCCUAGACGUGCCUUCUUUAGACCCUUUUGUGAUCGAAAGGCUGUCGAUACCGCUGAAUGGGCUAAAAGUUACAUUUUACAAGGGAAAAGUCACGGGCUUUAGGAAAUGUAUUGUGGAUAACGUCAUAUCCGAAUUGGACAAAAGACACUUUGUUUUGGAAUUCCAUUGCAAUCUAACAAUCAAAGGCCAGUACGACGCAGUUGGUAGAAUUCUUCUAUUUCCUAUCAACGGAGAAGGGGAUGCUAAAGUUAAACUAACAAAUCUAAGAAUGAAAGUGGAUAUCAACACGAAAUACGUUAAAGACAAACAAGGCAUCGACUACUUCGGGAUUAAGAGCUACAAAUAUUCCUUCGAUUACGGUGACCGCGUGCAUUUUGACCUCAAGAACCUCUUCAAGGAAAGCAAAGAACUAAGUGAAACAGUAUUAAAUUUCCUAAAUGAAAAUUGGAAGACCGUCGCCGAAGAAUUCGGGAAACCUCUCGUUGAUUACGCAGUAGAUUUAGCGAUUAGGACCAUAGAGGUAUUCUUUAAUAAGGUUCCUUACAGUGAAUUGAUCUACGUCCCAUUGCCGGCUUGAAAUAAAAAAUAGCUUUUAGUUAUUUAGUAAUAAGUUUUAGUAUAUAUUAUAAUAUCUGAGAUACCCGAUAUUCGGACCUUGGAACUGAAAUCGCGGCCAGGGUACUUUAAAAAUUAAGCAAUAUUAUUAUCCGACUCCCAAGGCGUCGAGAUUCGUGAUAUAAAUUAGUAUAAACUUAAGUGUAUGAAAUGUAGUAUAUGAAAUACCUAUAA